AUGGAAUGCAUCAGUGUAAACGAGGCGUCGAUUGCGAGCUUCAAGGCGGGCAUGGAGUUGUGCUUCCGGCGGGCGAUUGAGGAGGGAUUGGGCAUCAGCAUUGUGCCGCACCUGGAUGAUGGAGGCAGGCGAGUGGCACAUCUGGCGCUAAACACAGCUUUUAUAAUACAAAGAAAAGGAUACGAAUUCAAUUUGCACCUGACGGCGGCGUGGCGCAACGGGCUGCUCUUCAAUCCCAAGCAAAAGUACGGCGGCUUCUCGUACCAGGAGGUGAUGCUCAACCCCACCGUGGAUGCUCUGGCCGCCGCCCUGGCCGCCAAACCCGCCUGGGUCGAUCCCCUGCCGGUGUGGAUAGCACUGCAGGGCGAGAUGAGCGCCACCGUGCUGUACCACCCCCGGGAGUACCUGCAGCUCGUCGAAGAGAUGCGGGAGCGGCUUCUGAUGGGCAUGCGACGAGCGGGUGCUCCGGAUUCGUACAUUAAGGUGGGCGUUUCUUUCAACUUUAACAAGGUUACUCAGGUGAAUACAGGCGGCGGCGCAGGUGGCGGCAGCGCGGCUUCCGUACUGUCUCGCUUCGUGGGCUUUGGACCGUUCGGAUCUGCCGUUACGUCGGCAAUGACGGGUCGCGGGCUGCGCCAGGCGGCAGCCGCCUCAUUUGACCUUCGGGCGCUUCAGGACCUGUUUGAGAAGAUUGAUUUUCUGGGCAUAAGCGCCUACGCCGCUUUGGACGAUCCCAACUUCCCCAUGACGGCCUUACAGAACGCCGCCUUCACCUUCUUCGGGGAGAUGCGCAACGAUGUCGGACUGGACGCUGCGGCCAUUCUCCGGCGCCGUCGUAUCGACUUGCACUACUCGGAGUUCGGCAUGGGUGGCGGUGCCAGCCCCCUCGGCACGGUGCCGGCCCGUUCACCCGAGCAAGCUGCCCGCAUGCCGUUCUACGGGAUCAUUAAGACACACAUGCAAACAUGUCGUCGUUUCCCCCGGCAGAUGAAGAGCUUCCUGCACUCCUUUUUCCGGAAGACCAUGGACUGGUUGGCUCAGGGCGGCGGGCCCACCUACUUCGUAUCCCACUGCUUCCUGUGGGGCAUGGGGAGCUGGGAUGUGCUGGGCAUUUACCCCGAGAGUACGACACCUCAGGGUAGUUAUCGAGAUGCAACUGUCGUACAGGCCGUACAGACGCAUAACGCCCGGGCCGCGUUCGGGGGCGUGAACCUUCAAUCCAUCUCAGCGCGAGCUUUUAAUGGCGGAGCUGACAACAAGAAAUGA